AUGGCGCCCUCGAGAAUCUCUCCAGACCCGCCCUCAGAAACCAUCCCCCCCGUCGGCCUCACGUCCAAACAGGUCGCCUCGUUCCAGCGCGACGGCUACCUCAUCAUUCCGUCGUACCUCUCGCGCGAGACGUGCCAGACGCUCCUCGCCAAGACGCAGCAGCUACUGAGCGAGUUCCCGCUGGAGGAUCACCCGAUGACGCGGUUCACGACGGGGACGGACGCGGCGGGCAAGCCGACGGCCAAGAAACACGUGGGCGACGACUACUUCCUGACGUCGGGCGACCAGGUGCGGUUCUUCUUCGAGGAGGACGCGUUCGACCCGGCCACGGGCGCGCUGACCAAGCCCAAGGAGCGCGCCAUCAACAAGAUCGGACACAACCUGCACGGCCGGGUGCCCGAGUUCGCGGCCGUGUCGCAUGUGGGCGAGGUCGGGCGCCGCAACGCCGCCGUCGCCCGCGACCUGGGCUACCGCGACCCGCGCCUGCUGCAGAGCAUGGUUAUCUGCAAGCAGCCCGAGAUCGGGGGCGCGGUGCCGCCGCACCAGGACAGCUCGUUCCUGUACACGUACCGCCCGUCGGCCGUGGGCUUCUGGAUCGCGCUGGAGGACGCCACGGUGGAGAACGGGUGUCUGAGCUUCGCGCCGGGCAGCCACCGGCGGGCACCCAUCCGCGACCGCUUUGUGCGCCGGGCGGUCGACGGGUCGGCCGGCACGACGUUUGAGAGCGUGCCGGACGAGGACGCAGCACGCUGGCCGCGGAACUUUGAGCACGACGCCGCCGACCGCCCCGGGAACGAGGAGGAGCAGUACGUGCUGGGGGAGGUCGAGGCCGGCAGCCUGGUGCUCAUCCACGGCAACAUCCUGCACAAGAGCGAGAAGAACACGAGCCAGAAGGGCCGCAUCAUCUACACGUUCCACCUUAUCGAGGGCCAGGAGCAUUACGACGAGAAGAAUUGGUUGCAAAUUCCCGGGGGACCGGAGGCAUUUACGAAGCUGGACGGGAAAUCGUAG